UGACAUUGGUAGCGUGUCAGCAGACAACGCUGGACCUGGUCAAUGUGAUGGGAAGGGACAAGACGAAACCAAAAUGAAUUUUCAGAUGAAGCGUAAUAAGGGACAUAGGUUUAAUGGUUUUACAGAUCGUACUGUAAACGUACUGCCAUUUUCUUGCUGACCCAAUGAUUUUCACCCUGUGACUGAGAUGUGAUGGCCCAAUGAUGAAAAUCAAGGAAUUUUAAUAGAUGCAUUUUGGAUUACAUUGAAGAGAAUCGCACGAACAUCAAUGUUUUCGAAGAGGAGAGACGUCACCUGGUUUGAACAUCUCGCCACAAGAGGACUAUUAUGACAGCGUUAGCUGGCUGUGACUUACACACAUUCUAUUCAAACUCAUUGGUGUUGCAUUUCAUAGUUUUUCAGGCACAUAUAUAACGUUAGGCCUGUAUUUUGUAUUUUCUUGCGAUAAUCUGAAAAUCACAAAUUGAUGUCCGUCCAUUCAAUUGAUAUUCUGUUUAGUUAGCAUGAAGCUAACGUUAAAGGUAGCUAGCUAGCUAAAUAUAUAAAAUGUUGUUAGCAUGGUUGCUUGCCAGCUACAAUGCAUGGACAACAUGACGCUUGUCGUCGCAGCAUGUCACUCUGGUUAUAUAGUUGAAGUGUUUGUGGGUGUUUGAAGCUUGCAAUCUAUUUAUCCAGGACACUUGACAUCAUGUAGAAUGUCUGGCAAAGCAGUUUUUGAGCUAAUUUGUUUGCCAUCUAAAUGCAUAUUUAACUAGCUAACUAGCCAGUUUGCAACGCUAGCAAUCUGGAUCAGAAAAUGACAGCUGGCAGUAGGGACUGACAUUGUGUACCUUGGGAUUGUGGCCAGCCAUGCGUACAGCUGACUGCAGUGUCUGAUUGUGGAAAUAGUUCAAGGUAAAGCCUUAUAUAAUCUGUUGUAAUUGGCUACUGACAGGGAAGAAUUUGACACUAGCUCCAGUUUUGCAUCCCAUUUUAAACGUGAUCAGUUGCAUCAUCACCUGGCUGUUUCUCAGGCAAUAUCAAAGGUGGACUGGAAUGCAUGCUUGUCCUUAUACAACUGACUUGUAUUCUGUUAACGCCACAAUCACUAGUUUGCUUGACAGCUAAAUCCAGGUUCCACUAUCAAAAGAGAGCAUCCUUCAAAGUGCAUAACUGAAGAAAGAACCUUUUGACACCUGACCUAAAUUGGACAGUGACGUUGACAAUGGAGACUGUUGGAGACUUUGAAUACAGCAGAAAGGACCUGGUGGGACAUGGUGCUUUUGCUGUGGUGUUCAAAGGAAGGCACAGAAAGAAGACUGAUUGGGAGGUGGCGGUCAAGAGCAUUACCAAGAAGAACCUCUCCAAGUCCCAGAUCCUGCUUGGCAAGGAAAUCAAAAUCCUCAAGGAACUUCAACAUGAGAACAUUGUGGCGCUUUAUGAUGUCCAGGAAACUCCCAACUCUGUGUUCCUGGUCAUGGAGUACUGCAACGGUGGCGAUCUGGCUGACUAUCUGCAAGCCAAGGGGACACUGAGAGAAGACACUCUGAGGGUGUUCCUCCAGCAGAUAGCAGCAGCAAUGAGGAUCCUUAACAGUAAAGGCAUCAUCCACCGAGACCUGAAACCACAGAACAUCCUGCUGUCAUACACCAGCCGCAAGAGAUCCAGCAUCCACGGCAUCCGCAUCAAAAUAGCUGACUUUGGCUUCGCACGAUAUCUCCAGAGCAACAUGAUGGCUGCCACACUGUGUGGCUCCCCCAUGUACAUGGCCCCGGAAGUGAUCAUGUCUCAGAACUAUGACGCCAAGGCAGAUAUGUGGAGCAUUGGGACGGUCGUCUACCAGUGUCUCGUAGGGAAGCCACCUUUCCAGGCCAACAGUCCCCAGGACCUGAGGAUGUUCUAUGAGAAGAACAAGUCGCUGCUGCCCAUCAUCCCGAGGGAGACGUCUCCUCCCCUUGGCAACCUGUUGCUAGGCCUGCUGCAGAGGAACCAGAAGGAUAGGAUGGACUUCGAUGCGUUUUUCAGCCAUCCUUUCUUAGAUCCAGUGUCUGCCAUCAAAAAAUCAUGUCCUGUUCCUGUACCCAACUGCCCUAGCGCUGUGACCGACAUCACCUGUGGCAGCUCGCCCUCUGUUCGCUACAACUCCCCUGCCUCUCUCCCAGACAUGCAGACGUUACCUGAGGACUGUCUGUCAUCGCCCCCCCUGGGCCCUCCAAACUACCUGCAGCUGUCUAAGGAGUCUGGAGGAAGCACCAGCAGCAAGAACUCUUCCAGCGACACGGAUGACUUUGUCCUGGUGCCACACCUCUCCACAGAGUCUUAUGACCAGCCAAUGGGAGCAGUGGGGCGUCGGGCGUCCGCAGAGUGGUGUGGAGGGCAGCCGCAGACCACCGGACAGACCCCCAUGGUGUCCCCCCGGGCAGAGACCACCCCCAUCCCUGUGCCCACCCAGGUGCGGAACUACCAGCGCAUCAAGCAGAACCUCUCCAACAGCCCCACCACCACGCUUUACAGCUCACCCAGGUCUGGUACAGUGAGGCGGUCCAACACCAGUCCCAUGGGUUUCCCUAAGGUUGGCUCUGGGUCCGCCAGCUCUGCAGACUGCAGCCCUCAGAUGACAGGCAGACGUCUCUCUAUAGGCAGCUCCCGCCCAUACUCGCCCUCACCUCUGGUGGGCACAAUCCCAGAGCAGCUGGGUCACUGUUGCUGUGGACACACGAAGGGCCACGAGUCCCGCAGCCGCAGCUCCUCAGGAGGUUCUCCAGUGCCGUCGUCCCAGUUACUGGGGGCUCGCCUUCAGAGUGCCCCCACCCUGACCGAGGUCUACCAGACCAGACAGAAACUCCAUAAGCAGCUGUCCGACCCCAUCCAGCCCUCCACCUCCAACUACCCCCCCAGCCACUCCCCUCAUCUGGGUCGCCCUGGCAAUCUGGGCACCUCCCCCACCAAACACCUGGGCUCCUCUCCCCGCUCCUCUGAUUGGCUGACAAAGUCACCGCUGCCCACCAUCAUUGGCUCCCCCACCAAGCCCAUCUCGGCCCCAUUCAAGAUCCCUAAGACGCAGGCGUCCUGUAACCUGAUGGCCCUGGCAGACAGUCCCACAACCACUAAGACCCUGGCGGACGCACGGGACAUCUGUGCCCACCACUGCACCCCCUACCCCAGUGGGCGCCAGUCUGCCCCUGAGGCCAGCAGGACCACCUUUGGCAGGUCUGUCAGUACUGGCCGUCUGUCUGAACAGCCAAUCAGAAUCACUCUAGGGGGACAGCCCUACCAGGGAAGCACGGACAGCCUCAACACAGAGCGGCCCAUGGAUACAGCCCCGGCAGGACCGUUUGGGCUGGCUCAGCUUCAGGGCGGGGCGGCGAGUCCCCGGACCGUUCUCUUCACCGUGGGCUCGCCCCCAACAGCAGCACCCCCUACCUGCAGCCACCUGGGCACCCGGCCGCGCACCACCUCAGUGGGCUCCAACAGUUCGGCAGGCUCCCUGUGCUCCACCAGUGGGCGAGUGUAUGUGGGAUCUCCUCCAGGCAUGGCAAUUGGGACCCCUCCCCAAGGGGGGGCAGAGGCAGGUCCCAGCAGCCUACGCUAUGUCCCCUACGGUACCUCUCCCCCCAGCCUGGAUGGAUUCAUCACCUUCGAGGCCCCAGAGCUGCCUGAGGAGACACUCAUGGAGCGAGAGCACACAGACACUCUGAUGCACCUACGGAUGAUGCUGUCCUUCACUGACUGUGUCCUGGAUAUCGCAGCGGUGCGAGCAGGAGGAGCAGACCUGGGUAUAUCGGCUGCGUCCCUCUACCCCCCUCAGGAGAGUGUGGUAGUGGACCAGAUCAGCCAGCUCAGCAAGGAGUGGGGGCAGGUGGAGCAGCUGGUGCUGUACAUGAAGGCUGCCCAGCUCCUCGCCUCCUCCCUCCACCUGGCCAAGGCCCAGAUUAAAUCAGCCAAGCUCAACCCCUCCAGCGCAGUCAAGCAGGUGGUGAAGAGUCUGAACGAGCGUUACAAGAGCUGCAUCUCCCUGUGUCGGCGGCUCACAGACAAGCUGAACCACUUCUUCUCCGACAAGCAGCGCUUUGUAGAUGAGAUCAACAGUGUGACCGCAGAGAAACUCAUCUAUAACCACGCUGUGGAAACGGUGCAGUCUGCAGCUCUGGAUGAGAUGUUUCAGCAGACGGAGGACAUAGCCUACCGCUACAACAAGGCUGCCAUGCUGCUAGAUGGCCUCUCCAAGAUCCUCCAGGACCCUGCAGACAUUGAAAAUGUGGCCAAGUACAAGGCCAGUGUGGACCGGAGAAUCUCUGCCCUCUGCUACUGCACCGUCACACUUUACGAGUAGCAGACCACACACACACACACACACACACACACACACACACACACACACAAAAUAUCAGGGGCAGCUGUGACCUCCCUGCCCUCCUCCUCUGCCCAGACGGACCACUCUCUACCCUAACCGUAGAACCUUGAGAACAAGCACAGAACCCCAAUGUUCACUCACGUAGCAGUCCAAGCACCUUUCAGAUUCUUUAUCUUUUUCUGAGUUUAAGCAAACAGCAACAUGACAGAUGGUAUUAAACCUUCUUGGGCAUCGCAGACUGACUGCUGAAGUGGACGAGAUAUGAUGCACACAUUCACUACCAAAGAUGAUCCAAUGAUCCUGCAACUGAGACAUUCACAGGACAUGAACAAGACACAGGCAUCUUCUCGCAUGCUGUCUGUCAACCGACUCCUUGAAGAGAGUGGGAUGAGGACACACACCACCAGAUCAAACAAACUACCCAGCUUUUUGUUUCUGACUUGCAGGAUUUUUUAAUUAUUUUGUACCAGAAGAAAGAGAUUGACAUGAGGACAAUGACAACAGAGACGUAUACACCGAUGAAAAAUACAACUUUUUAAUGCAAAUCACAGUUGUUAUUAUAAUAAUGUAAAGGUUUUUACUCUGUGUUAUUAAUGCUGUUGUGAUUAUUUAUUGGUUUGGGAUAGAAGAAGGAUGAUGUCAUGCCGUCUGACAUCGUCUUUAUUAUUGAAGUCGAUGGAAGGAGUAUAUGAGAUUAGUCAACUUAAAGGCAGGCAGUCUGGCCAACACUGUAACAAAUACACACACACUCAAACGCCCAAACACACACUUUACAAUACAAGAAUACACUCACACACACACACACACACCGUUGUUACACACAUGGAAAGAAUCCUGAAGAGCAAAGGAAUCUGUAGAUUUGUAAUUAGAACUUUUUGUUCAUUUGUUAGCUGAAGCACUUUAUUGUGAAAAGUGGGAGGGGGGACACUUUAGGUAAGAGAAGUGUGAAGGCUGCGAGUUGUAGCUCAAGUGGGUUUUAGGGAUGGGAGGGGGUCUCACACCCUUCUCAGCCUGCAACACCACUCGCCCUGCCACAGCUCUCCCUCAUUGCUGAAUAAGUGUUGCCGUGGAAGUGGGGUGAGGGGUCGUAUGAAACAUCCAGUCUCGACACAUCUCCACACCACAGGUGGGCUUUUAGAAUACUAUGGUAAGAAGAAGCCUGUGGGUGACAGAGAAUCAGACUAAAAUUGAUGUUUUCUUUGCCUCUGGAACUUUUAGCGGUGACCAGCAUAGGCAUUUGGGGAGGGGGGGGGUUCCUGAUUAGUUAGCCAAGGGGGCACCCCUCUCCAGGGUGAAUCAAGACAAAACAGUCAAAUUACUUGAGUAGUUACUUUACGUUUAAUUUUCGCUAAAUAAUACAGAAACAAGCUUUUUUAUGUUCAUACAUGAAUAACUGUAGCUAAUUUCCCUGUAAAUUGAUGUUUGCAGAAGUGUAAAAAAUGUGUAUGUGCAUGUGAUUUUGUUAUUUUGUUUUCUUAAGUGUGUGUGAGAGCACAGUGAGAGAGUGAGGGAGUCAGUGAGCAAGACAACGCCAUUGGAUGCCCAGCCUCUCAAAGAGCACAAACAUUUUUAUGUACGUAGAGAUUUGAUAUGCCCUUUUACCCAGGCCUGCCACUGGUUCAGUCAACCUACCUCCAUUGGAGGUCCCUGGCACAGAGGAGGAUGCCAACCACACGGCAGCUGCUCAGAACAUCUUCACACAACUUCCUCUUUAUACUAGGACUGUAUACUAUACUGGAUAUGGGAAUUGUGUGUGGAGAGAUCAAAUCUACGGUGUAUUGGAAGUAAAGAAAGGCCGUGCCUAGCAACCAUUCAAGUCUGCUCUCUCCCCAAGCAUCUGCUGUGCUCGCAAUACAAUAGUGUUAGUGAGUCUGCACACGUCAGGUAUGCAAAAGGCCAGUGAUCCUAGAAAGUCCAUUACAGAAGAAGAGCUGCCUCAGAAGCCUGUUUGAAAAGUGGGCAGACUCCUUUGAUUUUCUAUUGUACAAGUGUGAAUAGUGUGUAAUGCAUAAACUUGCAACUGGUGGCCACUAGUUUUUUUUAACGAUGUACUGUUCUUUUUUUAUAGACAUAUCCAAGUUUUUGUGAUUUAUUUUGGUUUUGUUCUUCUUGUGCCCUCUCUCCCCUGUUGGUGAGCACUCCGCACCACAAAAAGCCUUUUCUGCACACUGAGUUGAGGGAGAAAUAAAUUAAAAACAAGUCUGUCUGAAUUGACCUAAUACAUGCAUCUAUUUAUAGCGCUGUGGUUUUAGGCCACACUCCCUCUCUAGCAGUAGUUUAUGAAGAAUGGAGUACUAACGAUGGACUGUUUUAGAGACAAACCAUUGGUACUAAGCACAUGUUAUAUCCCGUAGACUGAAUGUAUUUACCCUCCCUGUUAUUUGCACCUGAAGCUGAAUAUAUACCAACUCUUGAGAUGGUCAACAACCCCAUCCAAAACGACCAUGAAAAUGCAACUGAAUUUCCACACACCUAUUUUUCAAUGAUAAAUUGUAAUGUUUUACUUGAUAUGUGGGCAUCUUUCUUUAUGGAACUAUACAAAUGCAGCCUUUGUUAAUUAAAAAGAAAAGUUGGAACCUCA